CAAAGCAUGAGAAAUCCAUGUGAAGUGUAGUAGUGUUACUGUAAGAUCUUUAAUUUAUGAGACGUUAACGUAUCUAAUCUAGUUGUUCUAAUGGAUCCUAAUUUGUUGUACUGGAAAAGUAACGGGCAGUCUCUCCUCAGUCGAGUACAGAUCUGGGUUAAUCUCCUCGAUCCAGCUUUCCUCAUCUCCUCUGAUGAUGAAAUACAGAAGGCCCGUUCUCUUCUUGAAGGUGGAGGGGAAAGUGAAAAGGAUGCAUCUGCACUGAACCUCACUCUUUCGUCCGUCCACGCUGAUUCAGGAGCUGUAAUUCUACCAAUUUUCCGCCCUCCAGCAUUAUUUCCAGUAUCAGCACCUUUGGUGGUCGCCAGCUUUUUGCCUCACACCACUGUCAAACCAGCUCUGUUAUGGCAGUUUUUGCUGCAGAGUUACAAUGCUGGCUUCAACUAUGCAAACAGAAAUUCUUCAUCAGAGCAGGGCAAGAAGACGUCUCUGAAGCAGCUUCUGUUGAUCGCUGGAACAGUGUCCUAUGCAACUUGUGCAGGGGCCCUUCCUCAAAUUGUGAUCAACCGACUCAAUGUAAGAAGUGCACCAAUCCAGACUUUCUUAAGGUUGAUAUUACCGAUCCCGCUCUCAGCUGCUCUGGCCUUCUUCAAUGUCUUGACUGUCAGAAGUGAGGAGUUAGAAACAGGGAUCCAAGUGUUUGAUUCCAAUGGGAAUCCUGUCGGCAUGUCUAAAGCAGCAGGAGAAAAGGCUGUGAAGGAAACUGCUUUGUCAAGGGCAGCACUGUUUGGUACAACUGCCACUAUUCCUAAUCUGCUGAUUUUGCUUUUACAGAGAACAAGACUUUUCCAGAGGAAGUCGCUGCUGGUCGGUCCUGUCCGUCACAUAAGCGUUGCAUUUGUCCUGGGCCUGAUGAUCCCUGUCUCGUUCAGUCUGUUUCCGCAAGUGGGAACGAUAAAGAAAGAGAAGUUGGAGGAAAAGCUACAGGCUACAGCAGUUGACGGACAGUUAUUCUAUCACAGAGGACUCUGAGAAGCAGUUGUAAGUAGUAGACAGAGACUUAACUGGGACCCAGAAUACAGCUGCCAGUGCUGGAUAGCAUGAAAAGAAUUGUCUUCUUCAAUGUCAUGCAGCGGAAAAUUUGCGAUCCAUGUAACAGACCCAAAAAAUGAAAUGCAAGUUUCAUGUGAAAUUUUUGUUAAAAGAAAAAAAAAAAAGCAUUUCAAGAAACCUGAAGGUAGCUUCUGAUAGUAAAUUUAUUUAGUCAGAAUAUCAGGUGUUUUAAUUGAUAGGAAAUAUUACAUCAAUUCAUGAAAAUACAUUUAGUUUCCAAACUUAAAUGAGCUUUUCUGUGUAUUGCACUCUGUGUCUUAUCUGAAAUACUGAGGUACAAAACCAUCCUUUUGGCAAUGUGGUUGAAAAUGUACUCAACAGCAACACAGCAUUGCUAACUGUACAUUAAUAAAACAAAAACAGAACCUGAAGAGUAAGACACAGUUAAUGCAGUACAAACCACUGUGGAAUGGAAACAUCAGUCAUUAUUUGAUCAGCUGCAGAUUGAUGAGGAACAGUUCCUUUUCUUUCUAUGACUUUUAUUUUUUUUUAUAAAACUCUAUUUGAAAAAGCCUCAUAACACAGUUUGCUUACAUUUCAGUUGUGUGACACUAAAGUCAUCAGUAAAAUACAAAAUGUGAUAUUUAAAAAAAAAAAAAAAAGUAAACCCACAUGUUGUGCAAUGCCUCUUGCAGUUGUGAUCUGAUAACCACGAACAAUGCAGCUUCCACCAACUAAGUCCUUAAUGAGCACUCAUCACAUCUGAGUCAUUUCAGCUGUUGUUACCACGCAAAUAUAUCUUAGUCUGACUCUUUACAAUGAGUUGUUUCAAACCAAAAAACAAGAUUUGUGAUGUUGGGAAGCUGACAAAGAAAGUGAAAGUAAAACCCUAUCAGAUGUACCAGCUGAAACAGUACCAGCUUAUUUAUGUCAAUUCCAUGACAUCUGAGACGAAUACCUUAUUGUAUUAACUACUAAUGUUAAAGGAUAUGACUAUUAUAUUAAAUUUAUCUUUUUUGUCAACAAAUACCAUGAAAAGACCUAAAUCAACAGUCAGUUGUCUGUUAGUCUGUCUUUGUAUAAUUUACAACUUCCCUAACCUGUCUGUGGUACUAAGCCCCAAGUCCAUUCAAUUCUUCUGGAAAUCAAGUCAAAAUAUACAGUUUCAUUAAAAAAAAAAAAAAAGGCUCCAAAGGCUGCACUGUUUAUUGCUAUACAGUGUAUUCACUGGGGACUAUUUUCAGCUGUGGGUUAAUACACAUUUGGUGUUUCAGUGAGUAUCAACAGCAUCUGGACUUCAUAUGGGGGACUGACUCAAAAUUAACUACAGUGCCGGUGUUGGUCAUAAUGAAGGAACAUGUCACCAGUGUAACAGUGUGGCUUGUUGAUGUGUUUCAUGGUUCAGAGGAAUGAGAUAUUGACUACA